AGUCGCCCGGCGGCGGCGGCAGCAGCAGAAGUUGUGUCAGGAAGCCUGCGCGCUGGGGGUCGCUCUUCUCCUCAGGCGCCGCCCGCAGCCCGUCUCGUGGCGGUUCCCUCGCUGCCUAUUUUAGUCAAAGCCUCGGCUUGCCUCUCUCAGCGGCGGCGGCAGCGCUGGGGCUGAGGAAGGGACGGGGGCGCGUCGCCGGCGUUGGAGGGCAAACUUGGUGUCAAGAUCAGUAACACCAUGAACCAAGCACACGUGGAAGUCUCAGGACACAACUUGGAACAGUAUGGAUGUCUAAGAAGACUGUUUCCCUAGUUGAGUAACUUUGCAUCUCUUUAAGCUAUAAAAUGGAUGGACAUUAUGGUGACCAGCUAACGAAGGCACAGUUGGAGAAAUGAUGGGCUGUUAUUCUGUCAGAACCUUAUUUUUUUAACAGAGUUUUUGAAAUAGCAGAGACAGACGAUGACAAUCAAUACCGGCCAAUUGCAUGUUCCAGCCAUGGAAGACAACUCAAGUUUUUGGGACAGUUUGAUAUAUGCACACCCAAUCUGUGUCAACUGGAAGUCGGAAGCAGAAGGCUCAAUCUAUCAUUUGGCAAGCAUCUUGUUCGUUGUUGGCUACAUGGGUGGAAGUGGCAUUUUCGGCCUGCUCUACGUCUUCUUUUUGCUUGGACUAGGUUUCCUCUGCUCGUCUGUCUGGUCAUGGCUGGAUGUCUGUGCAGCUGACAUUUUCUCUUGGAAUUUUAUACUGUUUGUGAUAUGCUUUGUACAGUUCAUUUAUGUGGCCUACCAAGUCCGGAGUGUUGCCUUUGACAAAGAAUUCCAGGAGCUUUACCUUGCUAUGUUCCGGCCCCUGGGGAUUUCAAUGACAAUUUUUAGAAAGAUCAUCCUGUGCUGUGAUGAAGAAGUAGUUACACUGGAGAAGGAGCACUGUUAUGCCGUGCAAGGCAAAACACCAAUUGAUAAGCUCUCCUUGCUUCUAUCAGGAAGGAUCAGAGUGACAGUGGAUGGGGAAUUUCUGCAUUAUAUUUUCCCCCUCCAGUUUCUGGAUUCGCCUGAAUGGGAUUCACUAAGACCCACAGAAGAAGGCAUUUUUCAGGUAACCCUCACAGCAGAAACAGACUGUCGAUAUGUGGCCUGGAGGAGAAAAAAAUUGUAUUUACUCUUUGCUAAACACAGAUUCAUCUCACGGAUAUUUUCGAUUGUAAUUGGGAACGACAUUGCCGAUAAGCUCUAUGCUCUGAAUGACAGAGUGAACCUGGGGAAAGGAUUCCGAUGUGACAUCCGCUUACCGAACUUCUAUCAUGUGUCCGUUCCAGAGGCACCCAAAAUGCAACCUGUAAACCAGAUUCAGCACAGUUCAAGACAACAUUAAUAUUGUAAAAUGUGACUGUGUUUCAAAAUGAUGCAUUUUGCGUUCAUUGCACCUGGAAUGAACUGUAGCAGUUUCAUUUAAAAAAUG